GAUGAAGCCUCUAGUCUACCUCUUUCUCAGGUUGUUUCACCUGUCAGUGAUUCUGACUUCUCAGGACGGCACAGUUUGUGUCACACACAUCCUUCGUUCAGGGUCUACGUCACCAUUAAGUCUUUGACAAUCAAAUCAUUCAUGGACCUUAAGUGACUCCAGGUCCCAUAUAUUCUCUUCUUUGUGGUCCUGGUGUGCUUAUGGCAUAUCAUCUGUCUGUUACUCAUCCAGUGGCAGAGAGCAGAGUUGUGUUGAACUGUUUGAUGGAUGUGGAUAACGUGAUCUGUGAUCUAUGCCACCGGCUGACUCUGACCUUCCCCCCCUUGCUGUGACCUUGUAGCCCGUCCCUAUGUGGCAUUGCUUUACAGUGGCUCAGCAAUACCUUCUCCCAGCAACGCUCACAAACGACGCACACAUUGUCUUUGUGACACACAUUCUGCGCAUAUUUUCACUGACCCCGACGAACACAAGUACUGUAGGGGACACAUAGGGAAACUGUCACUGAGGCCUGCACCCCCACACACACUCAUACCAAAUGCAGAGAGUGCUUUGUGCAUUCACUGACUGACUGGGCAGCUACUGAGGAGAGAGAGAGAGAGGCUGGUGGGAGGAGGGAGAUGGAGACAGCAAGAGACAGAAGGAUUACAAAGAGAAAGAGACACAGACAGAUAGAGAAGAAGAAGAAGAAGAAGAGCUACAGCUUGCAGAGGGGGAGAUGAGACACUCCAGUAGUCUGUAACUGGUGGGAUGACAGAGUGAACGGGGCAGGAAAGGAAAUACAGACAUAGGAAGGGAAACGGGGCUUGUCCAACAGAGAGGAAGAGAGCGAGUUGUUGUUUAAGAGUCUGGGAGGAACUGAUGGGAUGGCAUUGAUCUCUGGGAGCUGCUGGCUCUUGGGCCAGAUGGCGUCUUGUUGCUGCAGACCCCUGCUCAACUCCGCCUGCUGUGGACCGCUCAUCAAAUUCUGCAUCUCCUCCUUCACAGACAUUUCUCCUGCUGAGCUGGAUGCUCUUUGGAGGGAACCACCUUAUACUCUUAGUGGAGCAAAUGGACACUUCUCAGGAAAUGACAUCAUGACUCAAGGUGCUGGUGAAGAGGAGGAUGGCCCAGUGGUGGAAUCAGGUGAAGGAGAGGUGGAGCCUGACAGUUACUGGAAGAAGAAAGAGGCCUUCCUCAGAGGCAGUACCGUGUCCCUGGGGGAGAAAUUCUCCUCAGAAAUUGUGCUGUUGUUCACUGGGCGGAGGCGCUCCAGUGUGUCUCCCGACCGCGCCCUACAGGAGGCGCUACGCACCCGGCUCAGAGUGGUGGAAAGCAACAGCCAGGACGUCAUCCAGCUCUUUAAAGACUUGUCUGCACGUCUGGUCUCUGUCCAUGCUGAGAAGGAUAGCUUUGUACUCACAUUCAAGACUGUGGAGGAAAUCUGGAAGUUUUCGACUUAUCUAGCAUUAGGUUAUGUGGCUCGCUGCUUGGAGAAUUUCCUGUGUGAUCAGUCCUUCUGGUUGGACCCAGAGCUGCUCAGUGACCUAGAGAUCAAUGUAACUGUGGAUGAGGAACAUCUGGCAACCCUCUAUCUGGGACUUUUACUCCAGGAGGGAUCCUUCUUUGCUAAGGCACUAUGCACAAGACGUGAGCAGGAUGAGGAAGACGAGGAACAGCUUUCAUUCAAGAGGAAUGACUUGCUGAUGGUCCGGGACACGGGACAGGGAGACAUGUGGGAGGGCACCAUGCUUGCCACAGGAAACCAUGGCCUGGUGCCAGUCAACGCCAUGCAACCACUGCCUUACCCCUUCUAUCAGUGGUUCCUGAGGAGGUACCCAGGCAAUACUGGAUGCUCACCAAUAGAAAAGGAAGCAUUUGAACAUUCUAUCGUGACAGGUUCCUGUGUAGCAGUGGUUGACUACAGUCCCAUGGGUCCAGAUGAGCUUCAGCUAAGUCAAGGUGACGUUGUGGAGAUCCGGGGUCUACUGGUCCGAGGCUUGGGCGUGUUUGUAGGAAUACACACUUCCACGGGUCACAUUGGUUUUGUACACAAGGCUCAUGUAAAGCCUCUGGACACCAAACCCCUAGAUGGACAAUUGGUCUUUCUGACUGAUGAGGAGAGGGCCAGCCUUGCUCAGGUUAACCCAUGUAGCUCUGAGCCAAGUGAUAGCGGCCUGCUGGACAGACUCUUCUCAUCUGACGUCAGCUCUGUGUACAGACUAGAUAGACUGGAUGAGAUUGACUUCAUGUAUAUCAGGAAUAGGCCAAAACAUGAUCAUAAUAUAUCAUCAAGCACCCGUCAGAGCCUCAUGUCAGAGAGAAGUGGAGGGACACCCCCGUACCACUCCUCUCCUCGCUCCUCUCUCACUCACUCCCAUCCUCGUCUGUCACUCUAUCACUCCCACAAUCCUUUGCCACAGGAAGGGGAGCGCAUGUCCUUCAGCCUGGAUGAUACAUUCAGGGAACUGGAUGAGUUCCAGGAAGACCCACCUCUCUUCUUGGAGGAGAACUGCUGGGAGGGAGAGGACUCUGAGCACAGUGGGCCCACACUGACACUGCUCAACCAUGAAUGCUUCCAGGAGGAGUUCCUGCCUCUGUACGACCUGCAGUAUUCCUUCCUGUGGGUGACCUUCAGUGGUAAGACUGAAGACGAGCUAUCAGGGCAUCUAGAAAGCGUGAGGGAGGGCGCCAAGAGGAUGCACAUGCACUGGGCACAUCGACGGGCAUGCUUCCUUCUGGGAAGACUCUGUGCCAGGAAGCUGAAGUUCUCUCAGGCUCGAGUGUACUACGAGGAGGCUCUCAGUGUUCGCGUGGACAAUUUUGCUGACACGCCACUCUUCGUUGCUCUGUUCACAAACCUCACUGCUGUCUACCUGAAACAGCGUAUGACAGACAAACUACCCCAGACUCUUGAGAAGGCCAGCGCUUUGCUCCUCUGUCUCCCCUGCCACACUUUCACCUCCACAGAUGAGAUUGAAGUGCUGAAGCUGCUCCUGAGAAGAUCAGUGGUAAUGGGGGAAAAACACCUGGAGGCUCGCAUCUGCUAUCUCAUCUCCAGUCUCUUCCUACAUCUCAGGAAGACUGAUGAUGCCCUUCCCUUUGUUGAGCGACUCCAGUUUCUCUCAGGGACUCUCUCUGCCGCUGAGGGGGGACCUAUUGUUCCUGUGGACCUCAACUGGCUCUUGAGCUGGCUCUAUCAUCGUAAAUACAUGCCUUAUUUGGCACUGGCCUCUCUGAGCCUGGACUCAAGACAAGACCACUCCCUUCGCGAUGCAUUCCAGAGGAUCGGGUUGUUUGUCAAAAACUCUGUUCGCCUCAACCCGUGCUGGAAGGACGGAACCUCCCUGCUCCCUGCCCAGAUUGUCAUUUACCUACAACAGGCCCUCGCUAUAGCUGAGCAAGUGGAGGACAUGAAGACCCAGAGGGACCUAUGUCAGGGCUUGGCCUCAAUCUACCAGCAGUAUGAAGCUCUAGAUAAAGCAGUGCAAUGUGCUCAACAAGCUGUGGAGACAGGAGCCCACAUCAACGAGGAGGAGAGUUUUGAGGCUUCUGUGCUGCUCGGGUGGCUGCUGGUGUUGACAGGCCAAGCUGAGAAGGCUCAGAGUGUCCUACAGCCACUGCUCACAUCACUUCAGGGCACUGACAGCCCCACGCAGAGAGGAGUGAUCCACAACCUCUUAGCUUUGUGUCUGAGGCGGCAGGGUCACAUCCGAGAGGCAGGCUGGCAUCUCCACUCUGCUUUAGUAAUCUCCAGAGAAAGUGGAAACCAGAGGAACCAGGCUCUGGCACUGGCCAACCUGGGUUGCCUGGCACUGGAUGUGGGGGCAUCUUUGGUGGCAGAACGCUUCCUGGUCAGAUCCCUGCAUCUUUUUCUGGAGCUCUGGGACAGUCCCACAGAUGAGGAGCAUGUUCAGACCUACCUCUGGCUGGGGCGGAGCUACAAAGACAGAGGGAGGAGACAUGACAUCAGGGCCUGUUAUGAAAUGGGGCUGCUUAUUGCUCUUCAUGCUAGAAACUUAUACAGUCAGAUGGUCGUGGCCAAGGCACUGAGUCGUCUGUAUGCUGACAUGCUACUGUAUGGCCAGAGUAUCGUCUACAAUGAGCACUGUGUAUCGGUAUCCAGAGAGCUGAAGGACAAGAGGCUGGAAGGAGAGCAUCUGGAAAUCCUCAGCAGUCUCUACCUCUCACUCAACACUGAAAGAUCAUCUCGUAAAUCUCUGGAUUACACCAAGCAGAGCCUGAGGAUUUCCAUUGAUUUGGGCAAGAGAGAGGAAGAGUCAGAAACAUGGCUACAGGUGGGACGCAUCUAUUACCUCAUUCAUGAGGAUGAGCUGGCUGACAUGUACCUGCAGGCAGCAGUGAAAAUAGCCCUGAGGAUGAAUGAUCCUCACUUUGCCAUGAGCAUCUAUGAGGAGGCAGGGGACGUCUACUUCAAAGGCCACCACAACCAGAUGGCAUCGCUGCCUUUCUACAGGGAUGGCAGUCUACCAUUUGCACGCAGCAUCAAGGACAUCCAUUCAGAGUUCCGUUUGUUGAGUAAACUGACUGAGCUGUUAAUGAACCAGGGAGAGCAGGAAGAGGCUCUGCAGUAUGCAACGCUGGCUGUUCAGAUUGCUGGAGAAACAGGUGUGCAUGCAAAUGAGAGAACAGCCUACCACCGACUGGCUACAAUCUACUACAACCUGCAGCAGUAUGAGAUGGCAGAAAACUACUACCUCAAGUCCCUGGCCCUCUGUCCACCCAUAAUGCAGCACCCUAUGGAAGCUCGCUACUACACUAAGGUCUACUGCAGACUGGGCAAUCUCACGCUACACAAGCUAAAGGAUGCUUUUGAUGCAGUGGGCUACUUCCAGUUAGCUCUGGCAGCAGCCCUGGAGGACAGAGCUAACCCCGAGGCUCUGUAUGUGGUGUACAUGAAGCUGGCUGAGAUUCAUGGCAACCACAUGCCUGAUGCUCAGCUGUGCCAAGUUUACAGAGAUGGAGCCCAGAGUCUGAAGAGAGUUCUGGCCGGAGAGGAAAACAUGGAAGAUGCAGACACAGAGCCUGGUCACCAGAGGGAAAAGGACUUUGAUGCUGAUGUCAAAAGUACAGACAGUGCUGGCAUUUUCACUUCUAUGCCUGAGAAUGAGAAAUGUAAGAACAUCUCAUGUCCAAGAACUUGUCUAAUGCAUGGAGACACAGAGGAUGCUUGCACAGACACUAUUAGUGGAGAUACCAGUAGAAAAGAAGAUCACAGCUUUAAUCUUCCACACACAGAUAGUCCUUUUCUGGAUGCCUCCGGGUCUGAGACGGAGACCAUCACCAGUCAGUCAAACAGUGACAGUGUUUUUACUGAGUCCUUUGAUAUAGCAAAGGAGCAGAUCUCAGACACAAGCGUCUCCACUGACACUUUGCAGACCCACCACAAUCAAACACAUGGGAAAGACUCAGACUCUGACACUGCCAACAGCCUGACCAGUCACACAGCUCAAAACUCAGAUUCUGAUAUACAGGAUGAACGAGACACCCUCACUAAAGAAACAGACGCUCAAGAAGAUCCUAUGCAAAAUUAUGUCAGUCAGUCUGUUGCUGACAAAACAGAAACUGUCGGUAUGAACAGCGACACAAAGCUCUAAGAGUGGACGACAUUUGUGACCAUGCAGAGACAGACAAAUCUGGCGACACACACAAACUGGAAACACAUGGAUUUAGAUGAUAUCUAUAUCUGAUCUCUCAUGUUCUUCAUGUUCUUCCUUUGUCUGGUCUCUGUCCUCUUGACCAACAAACUAACUCCAACGUUCCAGCCACACGGCAGUUAUUGUAGGAUGCCUCAUAGUGUUUCAGAGCUUUAAAGCAUGUGCCUUCUGACAUGCAUAAUAUAUUCUAUUGUUACUAGAAUGCAUUGGAGUUGUAAUUUAUGUUUGUUUUCUAAAUGUGUUUUAGUAUCUCUGGAAGAUAUGACUCAAACAUAAAGAGUGUUAUUUU